GGGAGAAGCAUCUAUAAUUGAACAUUAUUCUGUGAAAAGCCGCUCACAGUAAGAUAUAUUUCAUGGUUGAAUCCUAUUAGGGUGCAGAGUGUGUGUCGCAUGGAGCUGGAAUGCUGCACUUGCAAUGAUCUACUGGGAGUGGUAUUCCAGGACUCACCUGCAAAAGAGCUUCUCAAGUUCCACCAAUGCUUAUGCCAGGAGCCUGUUUCAAUGUGCCAGCUCCAGGAGGCACUCAGCCAGUCUCCAGGAAAGGAUGAUGGUGAGAAUUGGAGCUCUCAGUCCCAGCAUCUCAUUGAGAUGGAACGGGAAAGGCACAGGGUCAGCAACAGGUGGAGAAUGGGCGGGCUGUCAGCUGUCAUACAUGAUGAUGGACGGGAAAUGGUACGCCUGGCAACUGAGGAUGAGCACGGAGUAUCCAACACACAACUUCUUCAAUUGGUCGAGGAGAAAUACCGAAUCCUUAUCAAGCAUCUUGGUCAGGAAAUGCUGCAGGAACAUUGGGGUGAGGAGCUGCCUGUUGCCUGGUGUGAUCAAGAAAGCAGGGAGAAGGGGCGAGAGCUGGAGGCUUUCAUGAAUCAAUGUGUCUUCCAUUACGAUGAUAUCUGGACCCUUUCCCAACUGCCAGGAGCCUUCAGAACCUACAGCUCGUUCAGCAUAAUGGGCCCUGAGGCAGACUCAGAGAAAACGACCCUGACUGAUGGGGAAAGGAGUAGAUUCUGCAGUAAGACAGCUUCCUGCGUCACCAAUACGAAACAAGGUGUUGCUGCAUCCCUUUCUUUGCUCCUGGGCUUACAUAGACGCUUUGAACAGGAAACAUCUUUCAUCCUGUCCACAUCGAUGAGCCCAGCUCAGAAGAGCUUGUUUCUACUUUCCCAGCACUACAUGCAGUGUCAAGCCAAGCACCAAGAUACAUUUGAGACAAGCGCACUUGUACUGAGUAAUACUGAAUGGGAAGAGAGUGUCGAAAUUCCAUGGUAUGGUGGCACUAUAAACGAAACAUUGGCUGUGCGCACUCUGCAGGAAUUCAUCAGCUUGACACUUCCUCAGAAACCAGAGCGGUCUCAGGUCACAGCUCCUGAUCUCAGUGGUUUGGCAUUACUGGGUACUGUACAAAUUCAGAUGAAGAUUUUGGAACAAUUGUGUGAAAAUCAUCAGCAAGAACAAUCAUUGCUGCUCCAGUUUAUUUACCAACAGAAGAUGAUAUUUUCUGGUGUGGAAGCAAACACAGAAACGUCUCAAUUUAGUGACACCGUUUUUCCUGGUCAGAGUGACAACAAUUGGAAGGAUACAACUGGUCACUCCCAGCUCAACGCCCUGAGAGAGGCUUUUGGUCAGUAUUGGGAAAGGAAUGAGAUUUCUGAACAGUCAGACGGCCAGAGUCCAGCCAUUCAGAGUCUCGUAGGCCUUCAACAAAGACAACUAGCUGAAGUGAGAGAAUUAAUCCGACAGCUGGAGGGACAGUCUCGCGAUGAUCUAGUUCAUACUUAUUGCUCACUGUUUGAUAACCUCCAGAACCACCGCUACCAUAGAAACCUCUCAGCCCUGUUACUGGGCCAAGUCACACCAGGGAAGGACAAGGAACCAAUUGCAGACCACCUUGGAGCCUGCUCUGGUCCGGUGCAGUACGGUGAAGGGACUGUGGUGGUAGAUUCAGAGAACUGUGACCAGGAGACAGUGGCGAACCAGAAUGUGAUACCAAUGGAGCAGGCCCAGAUUGUGAAGAUUGAACAGGAACCAGCUCCUUACGACUCCAUUAGAAUGAAUGAAUUCAUGGCAGAAACUGACAGUGGUGUAUCUGAUCUGCACAACAGAGGGACACAGAGUCUCAGAGCUCAGGAAGACAGAGUAACGAUCUCAAUAGUCAGGGAUCCAUUUCCUGAGACCCAGAAAGAAGGGGAACAAGGGUGGAUUUCUCCUGGCCAUCGGAUGAGCCAAUCAGAAGAGAAAGAAUCUGGCCAGCACAUUUCAGUGGAUGUGGAUUCGAUGAGCACCUUGUGUGAGAAAUGUGAAACAGAAGGGGAUCGAGCAGGACACUGCCUGGGGGAAGAGACACACAUAAAGCCCAGAGAGUUGAGCCACAUUCCUGGCCUUCAGCAUGAGGUGAACAUGAUUCUGAUAUCAGAUGAAGAGAAAGAGAAUGUGAUGAAGAGUCUGACACUUGCUCAGAGAAAAGCUGAAGAGAAGCGACGGAGAGAUAAGAGAAGGCAGACCCUGCGGGUGCAGGAAUGUCUGUCCAUUGUCCGGAACAGAGCAUCCACAGUUGACCAUCCAGUUCUCCAGUGCUACAGUGAGAAGCAUCACACCAGAGACCUGCACAAGGAGUACACUCAGUGGAGGACCAAAGUGAAGGAAACCUUGGAGCAACUUCAACAAGAACGGACCUUCGCCCUGAGAUCAAAAGGCGAGAGGGGACUGGGGUGGAGUGCUCUGGAUGGGAGACCCCCAGAGAUCCACAGAGUCAGGGUCGACCAAACUGACUCCAGAGAAUCCAGAUGCUCCAUCGGCAGGCUUGCAUUGACCACUGUCACAGAGAACAGAGUCUGUUAUGUACAGAAAAUUCCCCCAUCACUCACAUUAGUCUAACCAGCAACUGUGUCUCAGUGCAAUACGAAUUCACUCAGUAUCCAAUAUAGUAGAACAUUCAGGAAGGUGUAUUGGAUAGGAACAAACACUCAUCAUUUGCUUAAAUGAUACAGAUGUUUGUAGUGGAUGGAGGGUCACAGAAUCUGGUUACAGAACAAGGAUGUUUGCUUCAGUUUACAAGAACAGGAAGAGGACGUUGCACAAAUAUCCCCAAACUCAAUCAUAGGGGAGCUCCGCAUAUCAAUGCAAAAGAUAAGGCUGGAGUAUUUGCUUCUGUCUCCCAGUGGAUGAAACAUCUCCAUCUCCUCCUGAACUCCACAACAUCACAGAUGACAGUCUUCAAUAUUUUGGUGCACCACAUGUUAGAACAGGAUACAACCGAAGAAGACACACCGUUCUUCAAGGGCUAUGGACCUUGACAGGACUGAAGACUUAUGCUCCCAGCCUGAACAUGCCCUUACCCAAGCUGUUCUAGCAUAAUGUGCCAGCUACAGUACUACCCAACAAAAUUUGAUCUUACUAGGAUAAUAGAUCAGCACAACAUUGAUGGCCGAAGGGCCUGUACUGUGCUGUACUGUUCUAUGUUCUAACAAUGUGGAAAGUUGCCCAGAUAGAUCCUGUACACAAAAAGCAAGAAAAGCCCAACUCAAUCAUGUACAACCUCAUCAGUCCCUUCUCGAUCAUCAAUAAAGUAAUGGAAUGUGCCUAUCCUGUUCAACAAUAACCUACUCAGUGAUAUCCAGUUUGGGUUCUGCCAGGGCCAGUCAACUCCUGUCCUCAAUACAGCCUUGGUUCAGAUACAGAUACAAGAACUGAAUCCCAGAGGUGAGGCGAGGCUGACCAAUUGUGAUAUCAAAGAACCUUAGAAAAACUGGAAUCAAUCAAAAUCAGGUUGAAAACCUGGACAUACCCAGGACUGGGUUGAAAAGUGCCAACAUUCACAGCACACAGUGCUGGGUAAUGAUGACUUCCAAAAGAGAGAAUAUAAUCAUCGCCCCUUAACAUUCAAUGGCUUUCCCAUCAUUGAAUCUCCACUACCAAUAUCCUGGGGGUGACCAUUGAGCAGAAACUGAAUUGGAUUAGUUAUGGAAAUACUAUGGCUGCAAGAACAGUUAUGACAAUACUAUUGCUUUAAGAGGUGUAUUUUGUCUUUUUUUUAAGAGAAGUUGAGGCAGAUAGGUGAGUGGUCCACUCCAAGCCAGUAAAGUAAACAACUUGUGAUGCCUUGGUUUUUUUUUGAAGUUGGAACAUUAGAAACUGCCUGAAUGGAUGGGGUUAAGCUCUCACUCAACCAGAUUUCAGUUUAACUUUCAGUGGGCUUUGGGGUUUAGAAGCUGCUUUCCAUGUCUCCCUGUUACAGCAAAAUGCUUGAGUCCUCUCUCACUCUCUGAGUUUUCUCUCGAUGUUAUUUCCUUCUAAAGUGGAGAAUGGAAUGUGAGACUAUUUUAUUGAAUUUGCCUUAACCAUGGUGUGCUUAUGUGAUGUUACUAUUUUGGAA